UACUAGUAGAAAGUGGGAGAGGAGAUGGGGAACAAUAUUGGAGGAAGAAAGAAGGCAAAGGUGAUGAAGAUUGAUGGCACAAUCUUCAAGCUAAGGACGCCGGUGCGAUCCAUGGAGGUAGUUCAAGACUAUCCAGGUCACGUAUUGUUAGAAUCAGAGGCGGUUAAGCACUUCGGUAUUCGAGCAAAGCCAUUGCAACCUCACCAAGAGCUGAAGCCCAAGAAAAUAUACUUCCUAAUAGAAUUGCCAACCCUGCCUCCCGAGGAGAAGGCCCACAGGCGGGCAAGAUCCGCCAUCAACAUGAGCGCCAAGGACCGGCUAGAGUGUCUGAUGUUGUCGCGAAGAUCUGUCUCCGACCUUUCAAUCGUUAAAUCCACCAACGUUGCGUCUGAUGGUCCGGGAACAAGCGCUGGUCCUGGGGUGACGAGGGUGAAAGUGAGGCUGCCCAAGGCCCAGGUUACAAAGUUGAUAGAAGAAAGCAAAGAUGAAGGCGAAGCUGCUGAGAAGAUCAUUCAUUUUUACACGGAGAAUGCCCGCUGAGUCUUCUAAUGGCCCCUUGCACUGGUGGACGCCUUAAGUGUGUUAGUUUUGAUUGGAAUAUGUACAUUUUUUCUUUUUUUAUCAAUUUUCUUUCCAAGUUCAAUCCAAGUAGCUGCUCCAAAUACAAUAGUUUUCUAGAAUUGAUAAUGGGAAAUGUUCAUAUAGCUGUAAUUUAUGUGUUGUGUGUGCUUCACCAAUUGUAAAAUUUAUUUUAAUGGAGGGAAUUGAAGUAAUUAGUUUGUAUGUUUGCUAGUA